AUGCCGCUACAGCGUGAGGUGGACAAAUUUUCGGCAGUUGGUGGGAAGGAGACACGGGAAGAGAUUGGCAGCGGCGCAGUGCAGGACCAUCUGCUGCAACAACAACGUCGCCCUGACCUCCGGUGCCGCCACCACCUACUCACCGUGCAGGGUGACUAUGACUACGACAACUCUACCCACGAAGAAGAAGAGGAGGAGUCUUCACCGGAAGUUACUGGUGGCUUCGACACGACGGUGGCGUUGUUCAAUGGCGGGGACUUCCACACAUGCCACGAGGUAGUGGAGGACCUCUUGUACACCGCCGAGAAACCCACGCGGACGCUGCUCCAUGGCCAUCUCCGGUGCGUCGUCGGCUUUCAUUACCUCUUUGACCAUAACCACCGUGGCGCCAUUAUCGGGCUUAGGGAAGGCCUCUGCAAGCUCCACAAGCUGCGCUUCGAUGACGACGAUGACACCACCAUGAUCCACUUGUGUCGCUUCCUGGUGGAGGUCGCCGUGGCGCUCAACUUCAUCUGCCGCACACAGAAAGAGCUCACGACAUGCACAAGUGAUCUCUGCCUAACCAUGGAUGGCUCUGCGAGCUCCUACCAGCUGCUUGGCAACUUCGCCAAGGGGCAGCAGCUCUACCGCUUGCUGGUACAAGCAGAUAGAGAUGGCAUUCCAAGCAUAGUCUUCUCUGCCGCAUCCGAUUCACGCGUGAAGCUCCCUACAUUGAGUGCCACGAAGCAACAUCUAGCAGCGCUUCAAUGCACAUGCGAGUAUAUUUAG